UGCUAUGCGUACCGGGCCAUUCACUUGGAGCGGGGUGGUGCGGAGGAGGUGCGCAGGGAGUGCCGCGGCGGCAGCUCCAGCGAGCCAAGUCGUCUGCUGUUGGGAGGGCGCUCGGCGCUCCAAACGCUGCCGACACCAAGGCAGAAGGCCGCCGUGGAGGCUCUGCUUACCUGGAUGGCGCGCUCCAGGAGCGGGGUGGUAGAUCACCACGGGGACUUCAACGACGGUGCGGAGGAGGCGUCAGAAGCUCUCCUGGACACGAAUGACACAACGCAGAAGCUAUGUCGGGAGGCGCAAGCCGGCGAGCCCGGCACCGAAGCCCAGAAGGCAUGCGGCAUGCAGCCUUCCGAUGCCGGCUCCCUGAAGCCAGGGCCCGUGGGCUGGCUCCGGAAGCUGCCGAAAGGAGAGGAGAAUCCCCCUCCCCCGAAGCGCCGGAGAAUCUGA